AUGGCAACAUGGAACGGUCUCCCUGUAGAGCUCAGAGGCCUCAUCCUCGGCCACCUGGCCAACAGCGCCGUCGCCGAGCGUCGCUCCAAAAUCUGGCGGAGUAAGGCCAACCGCCACGACAUGGGCAGCUACGCCGUCGUAUGUCGCCAGUGGCAGGGCUUCAUCGAGGAGAUCAACUUUAGCUCGCUCGAGAUCAACUCCGCCAAGGAUCUCUCGCGCUUCGACGAGCUGACCCAGGACCCCCGUCGCCGCUCGCUGCUUCGCCGGUUGGCCCUGCGUAUCGAGCUACCCCGCUAUGCCCUCAAGCUCGCCAAGGUCCCCGAGACCGACGAAGAGCAGAACGCCAACGAGAUCGCCUUUACGCAGGCCAUCUGGAACUUUUUCGACAUCCUCAGCAAGUGGGAGCCGACGGGGAAAGGUAGCAUCGAGCUCGAGUUGAGCGCUGCUUCACCGAGCGACAAGAAUAAGUACUUUGGGGAAGCGGGCCUCGACCAAGACGGCAAUUCGAGAUUCUUCGAUCAUGAUCUGGACUUUUCAUUCAUCACUGCGGCAUGCGAGCAGAUUGGACGACACGGGUUGCCGGAGGUCUCCGUGGUGUCAAGCUGUCAGGUGCUUAGACAGAAUCAUCGCAACUUUUCAUCCCGGUCGCUUCUCACCAUCUACUCGAGUCUGCCCAAUCUCAGGGAGGUUCGAUAUGAGCCAUGGCAUCAAGUGGAUAUGGAGGCACAACUGGAGGUUGACUCAGACCACGCGCGAAGUCUACCCUUUUGGCCGUCGUAUAUCAAGCGCUUCAGCAUCUUCGAGCACUUUGACGCCUUCAACGACGGUGCCGGUGGUGAAGAAUGGGAGGACGCAGAUUCCGACAGUGAUGAUGAUGCUGCGGCAGGGGCAAAUGGAGGCGGCAAUGCAGACACCAACGACGCCGAGGACCAGGGCGACGUACCAAGAACAGCCUGUCCAAGCUUGGGUCAGAAUCUCGGAUAUCUCAGUUUACAAGCUGAAGAGAUGGCCGUAUCUAAUGUUGCCGACGCCUUGGACUUCUUUGGUGGUGUCCUCGGCCGCAAAUCCACAACUCCAGUCUGGCAAAAUCUGCGCCUGCUGACUCUGACCUCCCACACAAUGAUUUCUGGCGUGCAACCCGAGAACAUCAACGCCGUCCUCUUCCUCACAGCCACAGCGGCAAAGCACAUGCCGGCACUCAAAAUGCUGGAGCUCUAUAAGGUGGACCAGUUCGGCGCCGCCGUCUUCCGCUAUACUGUAGACGACAGGUCGACAACUCUCAGCUGGGAAGGCACAUGGGAGUUCCGCGUAGAGAAGCGCGUUAGGGACGCUUUUGCGAGUGUCGCCCGCAAGAACACCCCAAACGAGCUGACACUCCUGCCAGAGACCUUGCUGGGCGACUACCGCGGACCAUUCAUCUUCAUCAACGAGAAUCUUAAGUCCAAGGAGCUGGUGCUACAUCCUACGUCGUUAGAGGACAUGCUGUCCAAGAAGAUGGACAAGUGUAAAGCCUGCAACGGCUUCUGCGCCCACCCCAAGACGGGCGUUCAGGUUGAAUGGGAGUCACUGGCCAUGAUCCCUGGCCCGGAGGAAACUGAGGACGGGGAUGUGUGA